AUGUUCGUCACCCCCCUCUUAAUUGCCCUGGCUGCCAGUGCCAAUGCUCGCGAGCGCCCCGCCCGCCUCCCUCGCGCGGAAGUCAAGCCCGUCGAUGUAGGCUUCACACUUAAAAAGGACGCAUGGUGCAUCUCCCCAUCCGGCGGCCAAGCUGGCGACUUCGUAGUUGCCGAGAACUGCACCGAAUCGGCUCAGUUUCCUGGAUGGAAUCUUGGCGGCUCGGCGAUCGAAAAGGGACACCAUCUGCGCGUCGCGAACACAACGCUGUGUCUCUCAGCUGGAACUGAUUGGGCACAGUGGGACAACGGUCUCGCGCUUACCCUUGAGGAGUGCGUGUACGCAACAGCCAACGAGACGUGGCGCAACACCCAGGUCUGGCGAAAAGACAUCGCCAAUGGCCCCGGCUCCUAUCGCCUCAUGGAUCAGGAGACGCUGAGCCCAUACGACUACUACUCUUCCGAGUGGUGCAUGGACGUACGCGAUGGGUGGACGCCCAACGACGACAGCUCUGCGAGCACCACGAAUACCAAACCCAACCCGAACCAGGUCUUCACCGACAACUGGAAGUCUGGGCCCGGCGCGUAAGCCGCGUUCAAGCACAUAGGACAGUGUAUCACAACCAGUCCAAUGAGGGAUAAUAGCAAUGUAGUACAACCGGGCGCUGGCGCCCGAGUAAUUGUCCGAUGAUAGUCAUCGCAGUCAGUUUGUCGAAUUAGAUAAGACGUCAGCAGAGCGGGGCAGAGCGCUGCUGACGCGACGGGAGGCGCGAUAUGCGUCACGCGACGUGUCCUGCAAAUGCACAAGCGUGCCGAGCGGUGAGAGUGGGGGUGGUAGAAGACCAGCGCGGCAGCAGACACAGGUGUAUUCGUUGGAUUGCUGGCGAUGGGCGGGUCCUGAUGAAGCUUGUGAUGUGGAGGGUCACAGCAUUCGAUGCCAGCGUCAGCUGCCGAGUCAUCAGUCGGACCCGUAAUAAGCCGAGACCGUUUAAGGUGUAUCCCAAAGACCCACCGGCCUCGCCUCGACCAUGUCACAGCUCGACUUUGGUGUUGGCGGGCAUGUCGUUGUCGUGCUACCG